GGCUACUUUGAUAGAAAUCAUCCCAACCAGAAAGAACUAUACUCUCUUAUAUCUCAGCUCUCCUUUGAAAUCACCAUUAAAUCAUACUCAAGCAGACCAGAUACUGAGUAUGCUCCAUAGUAAUAGUAUAGCGUAUCUCCUAGCAUCUGUCUGAUUCCAGCAGAAUGGUCGAGCCCGCCAACUGUCGCACGUUCCCCGAAGGGACGGUAUUCAAGAACCGCGAAGGACGGGUGGUGAGCAUCAAUGAAGACAACUUCCGCCUGAAGCGUAUCAUCGGCGAGGGAUCGGGUGAGAUGCAGAAUGUACGGGCGGCAGUUUUUGAAGCCGAACAUGUCAACGCAGGCAACAAGUUGGUUGUCUUGAAAAUGCAUUACGAUCUUUAUCCAUUUCAUGCGCAUCUGUCUCGCGAGCGUUACCAGGAAGCUUUCGAGGAUGAAGCAGAGGUCAUCCAGGCUAUUAGCGGAUCAGGCCACUCACCACAAUAUAUCACGCAUGGGCAUAUCAUGCAGACGGCGGACGACCCAUAUCCAGAUGAUGGCGAGAUCCGGAUUCUGGCCAUGAGCCGGAUGGAGGGCGUGAGGUAUCCGCUCAUGAGGGAGGCAGGGCUGGUCCUGUUACCAGCUGAUCUCAAAAUCAUCAUGCAGCAGACCGUCGAGACAUUGGAGUAUAUGCGGCAGCAGGGGUGGCAGAAGGAUAUCGAGCCUGAUGAUGUCUUUUAUAAUCCGGAUACAAAACAUAUGUAUCUCUCCCAUGUGUCUCCAAUCAGUCUCUGAUGAGAACCAGCCUAAUGCUUCUAGGUUUAUCAUAAAGCUAUCCAAUGCAGACCCAUCGACGAAUGAUACACCGGUGACUGAGGAAAGCGACCAGUUGAGCUUGGUUCGCAGCCUGCUCCAGGACGAUGCGGAGAUGAUGAUGCAGUAUCCAGACGCAUAUGGGUUGGAUGUGAGAAUUGAGCAGGAAUAUCUAGAGGAAGAGUAGAAUAGGGGCCAUCACUAAGCCCUAAACCCUAAGUGUGACAUAUAGCAACCCUGAUGGUCGUCCUGCACAGCUUCUCCUUC